UUAAAACAUGGCAUCUAAUCCGUAUCGUCCGAGAGUCAUUGUAAAUGGAACAAGAAGAACAAGAACGUUCCAUUACUUCUAUUGCCGUCAUUGUAGCCGUACCAUAAGGCUACGAAACUAUGGUCUAUAUGGUUCUUUAUGUCCUUUCUGCUCUAGAGAGAUCAAUCUUCACGACGAGCUUGACAUUAUGAGGCUUAACCGAUCUUUUUGGGAUACCGAUACCGAUUGGAUUACUCUCCAUCUUAUCAACUCAUCAAGAAACCAUGAACUAGUUAAUGAUACCGAUGAUGACUUCGUUGAUGCCAUGCCUAGCGAACGUGUUGGUCCACCACCGGCCUCUUUAUCAGCCAUCGAGGAUUUAAAGACCGUGACUAUCACGGAAGAAGAUUUGGCAAAGGAGAAGGUUUGUGCGAUAUGCAAAGAGGAGUUUGAAGUUGGAGAGGAAGGCAAAGAGUUGAAAUGUUUGCAUUUGUAUCAUACGAGCUGCAUUGUGUCUUGGUUGAAUAUUCAUAACACUUGUCCCAUUUGUCGCUUUGAGGUUCGCUUACGCGUUUCGGGAAGUGACAUUGACGGAGGAGGGUCUCGCCAUGUCGACCAUGAUAGAUCAAAUCGGUCUGGGACUAGGGUUUGUUCUCUGUGGCCUCUCCGAAUGAUGUUUGAUUGGGUACAUAGUCUCUUUGUUAAGAUUCCUCCUCCUGAUCUAACUUUCAUGGCUAUACUAUUAUGCUUUCAUGUUUUUUAAUCAUACAUAUUAACUCCUACGAAUAAACUUAUAAGAAUAACGAACAACUGACAGAAAUUUAAAAGAAUUGCAUACAAGAUUAAUAUUGUAUUUAAGUAGGAAUUACAAACUAUUAUGAGAGAAAGGCGA